AUGGCACCACUGCUGAGUCCAUCAGUGGAGGGAGAGGAAUUAUAUUUAUACUUAGCGGUAACCCCACAUGCUGUGAGCUCAGCAUUGAUAAGAGAGGAAGAUAAAGUGCAAAGAUCUGUGUACUAUACAAGCAAGGCAUUGAAAGGAGCGGAACGACGGUAUCCACAAAUGGAGAAAUUAGCCUUCGCAUUGAUCACCGCUUCGAGGAAGCUGAGGCAUUAUUUCCAAGCACAUGUCAUUAAUGUCAUGACAGAUCAUUCGCUCAAAAAGGCAAUGAAUAGACUGGAAGCUGCAGGACGAUUAAUCCAGUGGGCUGUGGAGCUCAGUAAGUUCGAUAUCAGGUAUCAACCAAGGCAUGCCAUAAAAGCUCAAGCCCUAGCAGAUUUUAUUGCGGAGUUUACCCCAAGUCAUAAUGAGACAGAAGACAGUAAGAGAUGGAUCGUCCACGUGGAUGGUUCGUCUACACGGCAUGUAGGAGGAAUUGGUGUGGUCCUGCAAUCCCCAGAAGGAGAUAAACUAAAACAUAAAGUCCGUCUACAGUACCAAGCGACUAACAAUGAAGUUGAAUAUGAAGCCCUCCUCAAAGGGCUAGAAUUGGCUAAGUCCGUGGAAGCCAAGUCCAUAUGUGUCAUGGGGGAUUCCCAACUGAUCAUGGGGCAAGUGAAUGGGAUGGAGGAGAAUGUGGAAGCUGAUACUAUAGCAAAAGAAGCCUCAGCAGAUGAAUCAUUAGAGAAGUCAGAUGAAGUUCAAUAUAUGCCAAGUAUAGAUGUCCCAGAAGUACAACAGGUGGAUAACAGAGAAAAUUGGAUGACUCCCAUUAUAACAUACUUGAAAGACGGACGACUACCAAAAGAGAAGGACGAGGCCAGAAAGGUGAGGGUGAGAUCAGCUAGAUACGUCCUUAUGAAUGAAGUGUUAUACAAGAGAGGUUUCUCUCAACCUUACCUUAGAUACUUAGCUCCGGACGAAGCAAACUACGUACUGAGAGAAGUUCAUGAAGGGGCAUGUGGCAAUCACUCAGGAGCCAGAUCACUUGUCCACAAGGUCGUCCGUGCAGGGUAUUACUGGCCGAACAUGCAAGUUGAUGCUAAAGCAUACGUUAAGGUCUGCGACCAGUGCCAGCGAUUUAGCAACGUCCCCAGGCAACCAUCGGAAUACCUCACCCCAAUGGUGGCACCGUGGCCCUUCGCACAGUAG